UCAAGCAAUAGGGUCACCCCCUUUUACAUUAGUCUCCAUAGACCCCUGGACAGCGGACCGAAAGUCUCCUUCUAAUGCCUUGAAACAAACGACAGAAAGAAAAUCCAUAUUGGUUCCCACAAAUCAGUAGCAUUAACAGCUAGAUCUGCUGAAUCCCCUUGCCCCGCAUCUCCAUCGGUCUUUGGAGAGCUUAUAAUACAAGCUAAACUGGGGUUCGUUCGGCCGUUGUCUGGCCACCUCUCCCGGGUUGACAGUAUCGGCUUUCCACAAAAAUGCCUGUUUGGAAAGAGGGGAACUCAAGUGUUGGCGCGUGCGCACGGUCGCCGCCCGCCGCCUCGAACGGGACUGGGCAGGGGAGGAAGAGGCUGGGUGGUAAACAGGAAGUGGGCCCUCAGAGCUCGGGGGCGGCGCUCAGAAAACAUCCGGAGAAAAUGACCCAUUGGUUUCAUAGGAACCCAUUAAAAGCCACAGCUCCUGUGUCUUUUAAUUACUAUGGUGUAGUCACUGGCCCUUCUGCUUCAAAAAUAUGCAAUGACUUGAGGUCAUCCAGGGCACGACUCCUUGAACUGUUCACUGAUUUGAGCUGUAAUCCAGAAAUGAUGAAGAAUGCAGCAGAUUCAUAUUUUUCACUUUUACAAGGUUUCAUAAAUUCUUUGGAUGAAUCUACCCAAGAAAGCAAGUUACGAUAUAUUCAAAAUUUCAAGUGGACUGAUACGUUACAAGGACAGGUUCCAAGUGCCCAGCAGGAUGCUGUUUUUGAAUUAAUUUCCAUGGGAUUUAAUGUAGCUUUAUGGUAUACCAAAUAUGCUUCAAGACUGGCUGGAAAAGAAAAUAUAACAGAAGAUGAAGCAAAAGAAGUUCAUCGAAGCCUAAAGAUUGCAGCUGGGAUUUUUAAACAUUUAAAGGAAAGUCAUACCCCAAAACUCAUUACACCUGCAGAAAAAGGAAGAGAUUUAGAGUCACGGCUCAUAGAAGCAUACGUUAUUCAAUGUCAGGCUGAAGCUCAAGAAGUAACAAUUGCUCGAGCAAUUGAACUAAAACAUGCUCCUGGACUAAUUGCUGCACUGGCGUAUGAAACAGCCAAUUUCUAUCAAAAAGCUGAUCAUACUUUAUCCAGUUUGGAGCCUGCAUAUUCUGCCAAAUGGAGAAAAUAUCUUCACUUGAAGAUGUGUUUCUACACAGCUUAUGCUUACUGUUACCAUGGUGAGACCUUAUUGGCUAGUGAUAAGUGCGGUGAAGCAAUCAGGUCUCUCCAAGAAGCAGAAAAAUUGUAUGCAAAGGCAGAAGCACUGUGUAAAGAAUAUGGAGAAACCAAAGGACCUGGACCAACAGUCAAACCUUCGGGACAUCUAUUCUUUCGGAAACUUGGAAACCUUGUGAAGAACACCUUAGAAAAAUGUCAGAGAGAAAAUGGAUUUAUUUACUUUCAAAAAAUUCCAACAGAAGCCCCACAGCUGGAACUCAAAGCAAAUUAUGGUCUCGUAGAGCCUGUACCUUUCGAAUUUCCUCCUACAAGCGCUCAGUGGACACCAGAAACAUUGGCUGCAUUUGAUCUCACCAAAAGACCCAAGGAUGACAGUACUAAACCCAAACCAGAAGAAGAAGUGAAACCCGUGAAAGAACCAGAUAUCAAACCUCAAAAGGACACUGGGUGCUACAUCUCCUAAAAUACUCCUGAAAUACAGUUUGCACUUAGAAUUUCUCUAACAGGAGAUAAGAUAAACCACAGAAUUUCAGUUCUUAUUUCUCAAAAUGAUUUCUCUGAAGCUUGUAGAAUAACUAUUACAUUCAGAGGGUUAUCUGCCUUCAGCUUACUUGUUCUUGAUUUUUAAUACAGUGGAGAUGUUUCUUGCUUUGUUUUCAGCCUCUCCUUUUUAAUCAGGACAACAUUUGAAAGAUUUUAUUGUGCCUCUAAAGGGUAUAUUUGGGGGUUGGGUCUUUUUAUUAAACUCUGGAUAGUAAUAAGUUUCAGGUCAAUAUAGGCCCAAAUCAUGUGGUUUCAGGUAUGUUUUUCUUUUUCUUUUUUUUUGUUUUUUUGAGGCGGAGUCUCCCUUUGUUGCCCAGGCUGGAGUGCAGGGGCACGAUCUUGGCUCACUGCAACCCUCCGCCUCCUGGAUUCAAGUGAUUCUCCUGCCUCAGCCUCCCUAGUAGCUGGGAUUACAGGCACGUACCACCACACCCAGAUAAUUUUUGUAUUUUUAGUAGAGACGUGAUUUCACCAUGUUGUCCAGGCUAGUCUCGAACUCCUGACCUCAGCUGAUCUGCCCGCCUUGGCCUCCCAAAGUGCUGGGAUUACAGGCGUGAGCCACUGCGCCUGGUCUCAGAUAUGUUUUUCUAUCUACACAAAAAAAUUUAUUUUCCUUCCUCUUACUUGAUAUCAGAAUAAUGACAGGAAUCAGUUUUUAACAGAGAUAGUUUUUCCAUUUCUCCAUUGUGUUAAUCAGAGCACAGACUUACAUCCUCAGUCAUUUAUCUUUUCUGGUGGGGGAUAAAAAGUCACUUAAAGAUGAGAAAAUUAUCACACCAAAUCCUUUACAUAUGUUAGAAUCAAUAAUUUACUAAAAAAUCAGUUUUUAUAGGUAUGUUGGGACCUUAUCCAAGAACUUAUCCCUGUUCCAGUAGCCCUGUGCUUCAUUCAGUAUCAGUAACCCUGCAAUGAUUUUUACAAGUAUCUUUUCUAGUGGGUUUUUUACUUAGAGGACAGAACUUUGUAAUAGCUCUUAAUGUUUAUAUAUGAGAAGACAGAAUGGAAAAUGUUUUUUGAAGUCAAAUAUUGCAUGAUGUAAAGAAAAAACUUAAAUGAGUAGGUUGUCCUGAAUUACACUGGUAACUCUACUUCUUUAUUAAAGAAGUUAUAGUAAGAUGCCUUUGUUACCUGAUUUCAGUGUAUAUUGUUUUUAUGUGGUUUUCUGAUAAUGUCCUAUCAGAAUUGUAUUGGUUUAGGCCAAAGGCCAUAGCAAAAACAGAGAACAAAUACAGAUACAAUAUGAUCUUAAAAAUAGAUUGUAACAUUUUAAACAAUUAUGUAAUUUGGGAAAUACUGGAUGCGUAAUACUUUAACAGAAGUCACACAUCUGUAGGUUUAUCUUUUGAUUAUUCUCCUGGGUCAUUAGAUAAUUUUUCUAUUAUAAGUGACAGAUUGAUUCACUUAAUAUAAAUAAUACAAGUAGCAUACACUAAAAGCUUACUGUGUGCCAGAUACUGUGCUGGACACUUACAUAGAUAAGCUAUUGAAUCCACAAAGCAGCCCUGUGAGAAAUAAAUAAAAUCUGCAUAAAGUGUUGAAAUAGGAAUACGCAUUUCAUUAUGAAAAAUGAGUAAUUAUGCCAAUCUGAAUCAAUAUAGCAUUCAAAUAAGUGAUGACUUAAAUCAUAUAUCAUAGUUUACACUCCUUAAAAAAAGGUACAUAAAUUCAGUGAGGUUUUUUCCUUAACAUAUAGAAAUACUAAAUAAUGCUUGCAACAUAGUAUUAAUAUUUGAAGCUGUAGUUUCCGGAUUAAGUGGAGUAAUAACUAAACAGGCAUUUAAUUUUAUUUCAGUAUCUAUGGAAAAAAUACUUCAUUACAUCUCACUCUAUUUUAUGUUGUCUUUAUUACAGAAUCACUUGUCUGUUUGUUGUGUGCCACUUACUGACAAAGCUUUAAACAGUACUUGAUGCCAGCUCUUUACUCUCUGGCUGUGGGACCUAUUUCUCUUAGGUACUUGUGCUUAUUAAUCUACUUACUAAAUUGUCACAUUGACAAUUUUGGGAAUGAUACUACCAUAUCUGAAAUGGAAAAUGUAAUAUGCUUAGUACUUCUGUAAAAUACAGCAAUACUGGUAUUACUUUACAUCAGUAGGCAUCUUUGACGUGAGCAGAUAAAUAUUUUGUUGACUCAGCAAAGGUAACACUUUGUGACUAAAAUAUCCCAUUAUAUAUAAUGUUUUUUGAAAUGUUUGAAAUUUGGGGAAAUUAUCACAUAUCUAGAAGUUGCAUGAAGGUUAUAGAGAGAUGUAACUAUUUGUUAACUAUUACAUGGAUUUCAUACUUGGCAGUGACAACUAACGUUACUUCAGCUAAAAGUGUAUAAUGGGUUAUCUUUUUAUUUAUGAAAAUAAAAGUAAUUUUACUUACAAUUUCAUUGAGAUCUUUCAUUUUCAACAAAUAUUUUUAUACUUACUAAGCCAGUAACAGUUAAAACAGUGCAAAAUUAUUCUUCACAGUAAUGUUCUAAAAUGACAGAUAACUAGGCAUGGUGGCUCACACCUAUAAUGCCAGCACUUCAGGAGGCUGGGGCAGGAGGAUUGCUUGAGCCCAGGAGUUGAGACCAGCCUGGACAACGUGGUGAAACCCUGUCUCUGCAAAAAAUAAAAAAUUCGCUGAGUGUGGUGGCACGUGCAGUGAACUAUAGUCAUGCCACUGCACUCCAGCCUGGGCGACAGAGUGAGGCCCUGCCUCAAAAAAAAUAAAAUGACAGAUACAUUUGCAUCAAUUGUUUUAUGCUUCAUGGGUUCGUUAAAUAUUCAACACUCCUUGAUUUGUUCGGUUUCUACUUAUGUUUAUUGGUACCUAUCACUUCUUAACCUCAAAGGAUUUUGAUUGGCCUGUUUAUGUCUCAUGCUUAGUAAAAUCCAACAUGAUGCAUUAUUUGUACUAUGGUAUGCUAAGCUAAAGAGUUUAUCAUUGUACAAUAAUCUGUAGAAAACUUUAUUCCUUGCAAACUUGAGGCAGCACUUUUAGCGUUGUAUAAAUGCAUGCAGAAAUAAAACCAUAUGCAGAAUUCUUUUAGAAUUAGAGUAAUCAUGCUUUAGAAAAUACUGCCUUUCUUAUCUCUUAAUGUGUGUAAAAUAAACUUGGAAUGUCACUUUGGGUUA